AUGACCAAUAUUGGACGAUUCUAUGAUGGUCCUCAUCAAUAUGUGCAGGAUGAUAUAUCUACCUGGUUCCAGUUUAUAAUAUGGUGGGUAGGAUUAGGUGUAUUAUCCAGUGUUGGUCUUGGUACUGGUAUGCAUUCUGGUUUAUUGUUCUUAUUCCCUCAUCUAUAUCUUAUAUCAUCGACAGCACAAGAAUGUAACAACAUGCAGUUUGACUGGAGGGUUAAUAUGUGGGGUAAUGUUAUGAAACCUGAUGAAACGUUCACUUGUAUUAAUCCUGAUGCUGAUUCUGCUUCAUACCACACCAAUGUAACAUUAUGGUCAUUACUAUCAGCAGGAUGGUUACCAUGCAUGCUAUGGGGUAUUGGUACAGCUAUUGGCGAGCUACCACCUUAUGCUACUUCGUAUGCGGCACGUAAGGCGGGGCUCGAGGAUGAGGACUUUAAUGAGGCUUUUGGGGUUGUGGAUUCUGCUGCUACUUGUAACAACAACUCUGCUGAUGUUGUUGUUGAUUGGAUGAAGAACUGGAUGAUACAAUUCCUCGAAAAACAUGGUUUUUGGGGAGUUCUGCUUAUGUCGGCGUGGCCCAAUGCUAUGUUCGAUCUCUGUGGUCUAUGUUGUGGCCAUUUCCUUAUGCCUUUUUGGACAUUCUUCUCAGCAGUAUUCCUUGGGAAGGCUGUUAUCAAGGUAUUUGGUCAGCUAGUGUUCUUCACUGUUUUAUUCUCACCUAAUGGACGGCUUGUAAUGGUUCAAGGCGUAGCGAGAAUAGCAAGCAAGUUUGGUGCUGAUGAGCAACAAAUAACGGAUAAGUUACAAUCAAUGGUUGUUAAGUUCUCUGGUGGUGCUGCUGUAUUGAUGACCUAA